GUGCUUACGGUUUUACGACUUGAGCAACCAGACUUGGCAACCCGGUUGGAGGAAUCAUCGUUGUGAGUUCAGUCAGCCUUCUCUGAUAGACAGCGUGGAAAGAUGGUGCUCGAUUUGGACCAGUUUCGCACCGAUAAAGGUGGCGAUCCAGAACUCAUUCGGGAGACCCAAAGGAAGAGGUUUAAAGAUGUUACACUCGUCGACAAACUGGUCGCCGCAGAUACAGAGUGGAGGAAAUGCCGCUUCACUGCAGACAACCUGAACAAAGCCAAAAACCUUUGCAGCAAGAGCAUUGGGGAGAGAAUGAAGAGGAAGGAACCAGUUGGAGAGGAUGAGUCUCUGCCUGAGGAAGCACAGAACGUGGAGUCCCUAACAGCUGAAACACUAUCGCCCCUGACUGUAACCCAGAUCAAGAAGGUGCGUUUGUUAGUGGACGAGGCGGUGGAGAAAUGUGACAGCGAGAGGAUAAAGCUGGAGGCGGAACGCUUUGAGUACCUGAGGGAGAUCGGCAACCUUCUGCACCCAUCCGUACCCAUCAGCAACGACGAGGAUGCAGACAACAAGGUGGAGCGGACCUGGGGCGACUGCAGCGCCCAGAAGAAGUACUCCCAUGUGGAUUUGGUGGUCAUGAUCGAUGGCUUUGAUGGAGAGAGGGGAGCUGUUGUGGCUGGGAGCAGAGGUUACUUUCUGAAGGGGCCGCUGGUGUUCCUGGAGCAGGCUCUGAUCACUUACGCCUUAAGGAUCCUCCACAGCAAGAACUACACCAUGCUCUACACACCCUUCUUCAUGAGGAAAGAGGUCAUGCAGGAAGUCGCCCAGCUCAGUCAGUUUGACGACGAGCUCUACAAGGUCAUCGGUAAGAGCAGUGAGAAGUCGGACGACAGCUCCAUAGAUGAGAAGUACCUCAUCGCCACCUCGGAGCAGCCCAUCGCAGCCUUCCUGAGGGACGAGUGGCUCAAACCCGAGGACCUGCCCAUCCGCUACGCCGGCUUCUCCACCUGCUUCAGACAGGAAGUGGGCUCCCAUGGCCGAGACACCCGCGGGAUCUUCAGGGUGCACCAGUUUGAGAAGAUUGAGCAGUUCGUCUACGCCUCCCCACAUGACGGCAAGUCUUGGGAGAUGUUUGAUGAGAUGAUCGGGACGGCAGAAGAGUUCUACCAGUCUCUUGGAAUUCCCUAUCGCAUCGUCAACAUCGUCUCCGGGGCCCUAAAUCACGCGGCCAGUAAGAAGCUGGAUCUGGAGGCCUGGUUCCCUGGCUCUGGGGCCUUCAGAGAGCUGGUCUCCUGCUCAAACUGCACCGACUACCAGGCCAGGCGCCUCCGCAUCCGCUACGGACAAACCAAGAAGAUGAUGGACAAGGCCGAGUUUGUGCACAUGUUGAACGCGACCAUGUGCGCCACCACGCGUGUGAUGUGUGCCAUCCUGGAGAAUUACCAAACCGAAGAAGGCAUCGUAAUCCCAGAGAAGCUCAGGCCGUUCAUGCCUCCUGGUAUGACAGAGAUCAUUAAGUUCGUCAAACCCGCACCUAUCGAUCAGGAGGUGUCUAAGAAAGCCAAGAAACAGCAGGAUGGAGGGGGGAAGAAGAAGAAGCAGGGAGGAGGAGGAGACCAGAACCUGCCCAACGCCAUGGAGACCAUGUCCGUCAACGACUCAUAAGACUGCAGUACACGACUGUAGCGCUGCACCGACCCCGCAGAUGGACGCAUCUGUGUCCAUCUCAAUGGGGGGUGGUGUUCAUCUCAGCUGUCCCUCUCCUCGUUCAUUCACAUAAAGCACACUGGAAGAAAGGGAUCUCUCUUCAGAGUCCACUGACCACCUGUCUGUCUUCUUCUGUCUCUGUCUGUCUGCUUCUGUCCCUUUCUCAUAUUGACUAAAACAAAUAGAUGCAACUACUUGAGUUGUUUUGUGGGACAGAGCAUCGACCAUCAGUUAAACGUCCGAGGUUUUGUUUAACUGAAAUCGUCAUCUGCUCUUUGUUGAGAACAAAACCUGCAUCUCUUCUGUAAAAUGCGGCAAAUUACUUCACGUCUGAAAUGGCUUAAAAGUUGAUCAAUCCUAUGAACAUGAUCAGGUAUUUGAACUGUCUGUUUUGGGCUUCCCUUCAUGUCGUCUCUGACCACAAUCAUCAUAUGCGACCAUCGUUGAUCAUUAUGCUUUUCACUGGCUUAUGGUUAACACAUUGACAUUGUAUGAACUCUCUAAUAUAAAGAUAUAUAUACAAUUGAGCAUUGAUUCGUUGGCACUCACUGUAAACAAACAUUAAAUACAGUUGGUAUGGAA